AUGCCUUUUCCGUCGUGUCCCCCUGACCCUCCGCCUCCCGUUGAGGCGGAGGGCCAUCCUCUGCGUCCCAAGAUACCAGCCGGUCCAGUCGCAGCCCGCAGGACUGUCACCUACCCUCGAGACGUCAUGGGCAGUCACCUUUACAUCAUCACAAUGGCCGGCUACACAUUUGAGUUUGCUCCCACCGCUGCGCCGUUCGGCCGCUCGGGCUACAACAAGGGCGAUGACGACGACGAGGGCCAGAACAAGGGCCGCUCGGGUUACAACAAGGGCGACGACGAAGACGAUGAAGGCCAGAACAAGGGUCGUUCGGGCUACAACAAGAGUGGCGACGACGAGGAUGACAAAUGA